CAGACUUUACAUGAUAUUGUUUAAUAUUAUAUAACAUUAAUGGGGCUAAAAAAGAAGAAUUAGCCGGAAAUACUCCUGAGAGGGUGAUCCAGAUCUUUUUAAUUUUUUUUUUUUUUUUUUUGUCAUUGAAGACAAAUGGUUUUGAGUCAUGGAUCAAGGUGUUGUGGACAAUCCUGUAACCCUUGUCAUCAGGGCUCCCAACCAGAAGUACAAUGACCAAACCAUCAACUGUUACCAAAACUGGACUGUGGAGAAACUCAAAGCCCACCUGUCAGAUGUAUACCCAAGUAAACCGAGCUCUAAAGACCAGAGGCUGGUGUAUUCUGGGAAGCUACUUUUGGAUCACCUUACCUUAAAAGAUGUGCUCAGAAAGCAGGAUGAGUACCAUAUGCUCCAUCUGGUGUGCCCUUCACGAACCCCUCCCAGCUCCCCGAAGCCCCCCCGCAGCCACGGUAACAAGCCUCAGGAGAACUCGGCCGGUCCCACGGCCCCUCAAAACUCUAACAGCCCCUCCGUCUCUGCUCAAGAUGGCCAGUCGUCCACAGGAGAGAGCGCUGAUGGGCUCAGGCAACGAGCUGGAACCUUCCCUUACCACCAGAUGUACCCGCAAUUUAUGCACAGCUGGUCUCAGUAUCAAUCAACUCCCCCCACAAACAUGCCCUCUUACUACAGUCCCAUGUCACUAAUGUGGUGGCAGCAGCUGUACGCCCGUCAGUACUACAUGCACUAUCAGCUGCUGGCCGCCUCCUCUCAGCACCUCAGGCCAGAUCAGCCCCUGACGCAGCCCGACCAGCCCGAUCCUCUGAGCCAGCGGCCUCAGGCAGAUCGCCGUGGCAACCCGGAGGUCCAGAUGAACGCGCAGGGAGGGGAGAUCCUGAACGAGGAGGAGCUGAACAGGGAUUGGCUGGACUGGGUGUACACAUUUUCACGCGCCGCGAUCUUACUCAGUAUAGUCUACUUCUACUCGUCCUUCAGCCGGUUUGUCAUGGUGAUGAUGGCCAUGCUGGUGCUCUACCUGCAUCAAGCUGGCUGGUUUCCGUUUAACCUGGAGAACGAACUCCAGCUCCCUGGAGACAGAGGCAAUCAGGACGACAUGGAGGGAGAGCUACAAAACCCCGACUUACAAGAAAUGGACGGAGGUAUGGACGACGGCUCAGACGACGACGGCGGCGAAAGCGGAGAGGAAGGCGCCGAGGAUCCGAACAGCGUCCCCCACACUGGCUUCCUCUCGUCCACCUGGUCCUUUAUAAUAACCUUCUUCAUGUCCCUCAUCCCGGAGGGGCCGCCGAACGCUGCUAACUGAACCACGGGCCUCCACGGUUCCCCCACAGGAGCACAUUUCUUUCUUUAUAAGAGGAGGACGGAUAUAUCUUACCUGCUUAGGGAAGCUGUCUCUGAUGCAGUGCAGUGUUAUAGUCUCCCAGUAGUGUAAGACGUUGAGCUGAAACACAAGUGACUGAUUUAACCUAAAAAAAAAAGAGGCGAAUGCUCAUUUCAAUUUCAAAAUGGGCUUUUUUCUCUUUGUCUGCAUAAAGACAAAAUGAACUGUUAACUUACACGAACCUUAGAUGACCUGCUAUAUACAAGGAUUGUUAGUGAUGCCUUGUAAACAUAGUCAAAGUUAAAAAAAAAAAAAAAGUGUCUGCUAAUGCAUCGUUUCUGUAAUUUAUAAACUAGCAGCUGCAUUUAUAAUACUGGACAAUAAUUACAGCACUACAUGUGUUUAACAAGCGGAAUAUGUUUAUUUUUUAUUUCUUUGUGACAAGCUGCAAUACUUGUUGAAAUAGUUUUUGUUUCAAUUGUAAUGAUUUUUUUUUUUGUAAUGUUGGUUGUAUUCAAAUAAGACAUUUAAAAAAAAAAAAAAAAGGAGGCCACUUUAGUCCAAAAAAAGGUGACUACAGCAAAUAAUCCUGAAUUGUCUUGUAGCAUCUGUGAUUUCAGCCUAAAAAAGGUUAAAAAAAAAGAAAUGUGUAUUAAGCACAUUGUGUACUAUUGUGAAAUGUAUCCCGGAGUGACGUUACUGCUACUGAAGUGUGAUUUGGUUUGAUGUACCGCUAAUAAUUGAUGAGGAGUCCAGCAGGUAAGAGACACUUCUGUAUUCCCCACUGUUCAAUAAAAACACUGCCACGAUGCAGAGUUCAUGAUGGAGAAA